GAGACACCUGUCAUCACUCACCUGUCUGGUACCUGAAGAGCACUUAACAUUUACCUGACCGCUGGUUCUCUCUUUUUCAGAUCUGUGAGCAUCCACCUCCCUCCAGACGUUCAUUAGCUUUCAUCAUGAAGAUUCUGCUGGUCCUCUCUGUUCUCCUCUGUGCUGCUCUGUCCAUCAGGGCUGCAACAGUUGUUCCAGCUGAGGGUGCUGCAGUACCACAGGAUAACAAACCUGCACCAGAAUCAGAGAUGGAUGCUGCUACUCAUGUUGCUGAUGGUAGAGGACCUGUUCGACCUCAAGCCCGUUUUGAUUUCUGCCUUGAUGGCUGGCAUAGUUUCGUGGUAACUGCUACUUUAGCCAACCAGGUUUCUUCCUGGAGCAAUGCAGAGCGCUAUUGUGCCGGCUUUGGUGGCAGUCUAGCUUCAGUCCACAACGUCUUGGAGUAUAAUUUCCUCCAGCGUCUGGUCAAGACUGGGGGCCACACUUUUGCCUGGAUUGGAGGUUUCUAUUUCCAGGGUUGCUGGAGAUGGGAAGAUGGCUCAGUGUUUGACUAUACCAACCAGGGAUCAAUGAGCUCCACUUCCAGUUACCAGUGCCUGCAGGACCCUGGACAUGACCUGGAUUACGCCUCAUGGGUCACACAGCAGGGUAAGGACUGA